CAUCAACCAUGGCGUUGCAACAACCUACAUGUAUUCGGUAUGCCAUCAAGUUAGGUUCGUCCACUAGCACUAACAAGAGAUGCCUCUGUACUAGACAGCUAUUACUACAUGUAGUAUCAGCCCACAAGACUAAGAAUGACAGCCACCAUCAUUUUUCGUGGUUCCAAAAGAACACCAACAAAAAGAAGAAGAAUGACAAUGGCAACGGUUGGUUGCUAGCCGGAGCCGUCUUGAUGGGUCUGGUGGUUGUGGAACAGUCUUGGCAUACCUAUAAGGACUAUGAAACCAAGACUCAAUUCCAAGCCAUAGUCAUCCAAAUGCAGCAAGAUGCCAACCGACAAGCAGGAUCCAUCAGCGCUGAAUGGAACGAUCCCGCCAUUCCUGCUCUCUUUGAAUGCACCGUCAUGGAGACGCAUCCAAGUUUGGAUGGCACCAAAAUGCUCCGUGGGGUCAAAGUGGGAGAUACAGUGGACGUUCUAGCCACGGGAGUGGGACCGGAUCAGGCGUACUCACUCUGUAGACUGGUAUGUACACACCAACCGGCAUCGGAUGCAGCAGCAAAUGAAGACGGAAAGACGGUACCAUUGGUAAAUGUAGGAUGGUAUCCAAAGUUCUUUUUGAAGGAACUAUAGCUGCUGCACGUAAUACUACGGUACCACAGGCUUCAUCCAGUUAUCAAACGAAUCUACAGUACUGUAGUAGUACCUCCACCAGUAGACUGCCAACUGAUGCCCUGCAUUGCAUUGCUCACGGCUUGGCGCUGUUGCCAAAUCCCACCAAAGCUACCAAGGAAACGGCAUUUGGAACUAGCUAGAUUAAGUUAUUGCACAGUUUGUGCCUGGCUGGCUGGGCUCGCACCUCGUACCGGUACGGGUACCACAGUCGUCUCGUCUCGUUUACACCUGAGUCUUCACCAAAAUAAUAAUGCUUCCG